GCUUGGUGCGCCGCCACCUCUGAUCGGGAGCAGCGACGAAAAUUUCCUGUAUGGAAAUUUCCCCAACGGGAAUGGCUACGGACGAGGAUUCAAUAUGAAUCGAGCAUUCUUCACGCGAGACUACGCGGAUCUACUAGACCGAAGCAAGUUUAAGGAAGCAGUUCAGGAAACCACGAAGAAGCAGCCGGUGGGAGUUACGGAUGUUACGACGGAGGCGACAAAGAAGAAGGAAGAAAGCAAGAAGAGUAAGCAAACAGUCGACGAGAAGGAGGAAGAAAUGAAAAGAUGGGUGACGUCGAUGUUCGGGUGCUCUUUCAAGAUUCUUUUCGACAAACUCGAUAACGUGGACCGUAAAUCCAAGCUCGAAGAGGCUGAGCUGGAAGAGUUGAGGCGCCUCAGGGCUGAGAAAGAACUCAGAGAAAGGAAGGAGCUCGCCAGCAAUGACAAACGUAAGAGGGGUGGAGCUACCCCUGAUAAGGUGAGAAUGAAGUCGGUGAUUAGAAUCAAGAGCCGACAACCGAGGAGGGGUUUUGGCAUCUCCGAUGACGAAGAGGGUGGUAUGGCAACCAACCCCGUUUCCACUACUACCACAAGGACUAACUUAAAGGUGAGGUUCGACCAGGAGGGGAACAAGAAGGAUAGUGGGAUGGAUGAGAUCAAGGGUUUGUUAAAGGAACUGAUUGCUGUAGUCUCCACGAAGGCAGAGCCAGCAGAGGGAAAAGGUAAGCAGGCGGCGGCCGAAACUUCGGGUAAUGGGGCAAGCACCGUGGCCAGUGGAGAGGGAGAGGAAGAGUCCGAAGAGGAACAAGACGAGUUGGGGCUGGCAGCUUACAUGCAUAGUCGAGUAGAAAACUACAAAUCCAUGCACUACACCCACGUACGCACAAUGUGCUUAGAACGGGGAGUCUCCUACAUCCGGAAAGAGCUCGGUAUUAUGGAACUUGCUAGGCUAGACCUGGAAGAGUACAUGAGAUCACUCAAGCAGAUGGAAUGCAACAGGGUUACCGUCACCGAACCUCCCGAGCAAGGAGAUGACGAACAGGAAGAUAGAACCGAUGUUCGGAAAAACUAAAGAGUUUGUCAAAGCGGGUUAUUCCUAGACUUUUUACGAGAACGGGGAAACUUGAUGAUAGUGGGAUUAUUGAUGAUAAAUUGUGUUACCAGAU